AUGCAUUUAGAGGUUAAUUUUGAACUAACCUUAAAUAAUCAAAAUAUCAAGCAAAAGAUAUUGGAAAUUUUUUAAGAGAUAGCAUAAGGAUAUCUAGUUGAGAGCAAUUAUAUUUUAGAAGAUUUGAAUCUACUAAUAUAAUAAUUAAGUAAUCCUGACAAGGAAGAAGUAAUUAAGGCACUAAAUACAUAUUUUAGAGACUAUGAAUUCGUAAGAUAAGGAGGAUAUUUGCUUUAAGGGAAUUUUUCAAAAAUGAAAGUAUACGAUUAAGACAGAAAAACUUAUAAUUAUGAAUCUAUUUUAGAUAAGAUAAAGAUGCCUGAAUAUAGAAGAUAGAAUAAGAUUCCAGAUGAACUUGUUACCAAUUUACCAUAAUUAAUAAAACUUAAAAUUAAGUCUUUAUUAGUUUUUGAUUUACUAGACUAUCAUUUAGAUAAAAAUGAUUUAUCUCAAAUAGAGAUCUUGAAAAUUUUAUUAGAGCUAUUCUAUUGUAAUUCAAUAUUUACAGAAGAUGAAUCAAAAACACUUGAACAAUUAAUAGGAUCCUUAUUAUAAAAAUAAUUAUACGAAAUAUCUUAUUAUUUUGAGAAUUUAAAAAAGGAUGAUCCAAUAAAUUAUCAUACUUUUGUGGAAUAUUUACAAAAUUUACAAUUGACAGUGAUUUCUAAGGAGGACAGUAAUUUAUAAGCAUUCUUAUAAAAAAACUAAAGAUACGAAGUUUUAUUAAUGAAUCUUAGUAAAGACGUUAUAAACAUCAGAUCAACUUUAGAAUAAUUUAUAAGCUCAUUAAUUUAGAUUCCAACAAAAUAAUGCUAAUUCUCUUAAGUUAUAUCUUAUGUUAACAAUAUUGAAAAUGUAAAUGAUAAUAUUAAUGACUUAUAUGUAUAAACUGUCUUUUAUUAUUGGAAAAAGUAUUGUUUCAAAUAUAAUUUAUAAGCCGAUCUCAAAAAUUAAUUGGAAAGUUUACCUAAAAUAGGAACUGAUAGAAAGCAGAUAUUAAUAGAUAGAUACGAUAUAUUUAUUUGUAAUUCAAAGAAUUUGUUAUUUUGUUAAAGAAAUAGAUGA